AUGAUCAAGUGCUUGCUUCUCUUCGUGCUGUUGCUCAGUGCAAUUGCUGAUAGUGACGCUCUACUGGCUUUCGCAGCCAGCACGCCGCCCGAUGGCACCCCGUCCGACCAAGAUCAGACUAUAGAGUCGAAGGUGCGCGACGAACGGGCGCUUCACGCGAGUAGAGACACGACUGCUGCGGCUGGCGAAGAAAGAGCAUUGGUGUUGUUGCCUGUGGUGAAGGAGAGUUUCAAGUCUGGUUUGGAGAAGAGUUGGGUUGCUUGGACGGCGAAGAAGCUUGCUGUGUGGAAAAAGGUGGAGUCCGUUCCGAGCGAGAUGAAGGCCGCUCAGAUGAAGAAGAAUGAAGAGUAUUGGAAGCGGACAGCGGCUGCUCGGGCGGAGAUGGCGGAGGAGGCUACAAGGAGGGUGGAGGCCGCCAAAAUGGAGGAGGAGAAGAAAGAACAAAUGGAGAUGAAGGCUUACUGGGAGAAACGUUGGGAUCACUGGGAGUGGGUUAAGGACACCUGGAGAACGAGGCGUGCGGACUAUGAUGGUCCGGGUGCCGCCCAGAGAAAGGAUAUGGAGGCUGAGCUAAGGGAGUAUGAACAGUAUCUGGAGGAGGUCCAAGAUGCGAGGACAAAGGGACAAGCUGCUUGGAGAGAGAAAGAAGCCGCUUGGGAGCAGAAAGAAGCCACCUGGAGAAAGCAACACCCCAAUAGUGAGGCAAAGUCUGUCUUGAGAGAGAUUUCAGAGUUUCGUUGGAGGAGAGCAACACGUGCUUGGGAGAAGGAGGAGGCAGCUUUGAACAAGGAAGUGGGCGAGUGGAAGGACCAUGUGAAAGCGUCGAAGUACGCGUUAGCUAAGGCGGAGAUUGCGGCGUAUCUACCAGAUUUCGCAGCAAUGGAAAAGGAAAACUAUGGCUUGAUUCAUUACCAAGACCUACUUGAUCUCGACCCGAAGAUCGUGAAAGACCUCGACAAAGUUACUCACGAAAACCUGUUCGCUUUUAAGCCGGACUACAGAAGGUAUUUGUAUUUCACAAAAUACCACGGAGUGGGAACCGAGCGGCUGCUGGUAUGGCUCAAAGAACUGUUCGCCCCGAAGAAGACGAGUGCGGACGUCGGCGAUACUGCAGUCGGGCAACCGAGUGUCUGA